AUUAUUAUUAAGGAACAUCCAUUUCUUCUGUGAGAAAAUCAUGAUUUUAUUUCUUAAUAGUUUAAAUUUGUUUUCAAAUUCUUUUGUGAUAUGUAAAGGUAUAUUUUUCGCAUAGUGGAUGGUGAUUUCGUUUUUCCAGUGAAAAAAUGUUCUCAACUCACUAAAUGUAGUUUUCCAUUUUAAUCUAUCCUCUAAAUGUUUUCAUAUUGAUUCGCUCCAGAUCUCAUUUUUAACGCUAAGGUUGUUACUUUGUCCAUUCCAAAAGUAUCCAAAUUUCUUCCAAAAAUAAUUUCUGGCUCCUAGCUGCAGUAGCUGCAGAGACACAGAAAAAUAUUCUAUUUUUAAAUCGCAUCACUCAUUGGAUAGGAAAAAAUCCGCCAGUCAGUUAUUAAAAUACUUUUUGCAUUGGAAUAUUAUUUCCAUAAAUAUAUGUCAAAAAUAUGUUUUAAUAAGGCUAAGUUUUUACCAAAAAUAAAAGAAAAAUGCAAAAUUCUUAUUUUAUGUAGUGUAAGCCUUUAAUUUUUUACGCUUUGUUCUUGUGCCUUGUAUUUUCAUAUAUUGGUAAUGGUGAUUUCUACAACGAUUUUGAAUCUCGCGGGCAGGAAAUGAAGCAAAAUGAAUUUAAUUUCUUGGUUUUUACAUUAUGUUUGUUCAUUCAAAUAUCACCUCUUUGUAAAGAGCGCCUAAGAUCUGUGGAAGUGACGUCAAGCGUAGCGAUUGGUCCUAUUUUGGCGUUCUCGUUUUCCAUUGGCCUUCUCAUGAUGCUGGCUUACGCGCAGACGCGGUUGUGCUGUCGUUUUGCCGUCGAUUCUUUCAGAAUUUCAAACAUGUCCGCUGUGACGAGUUGUCUCGGUUAAUGGGAAGUCUUAUGGAUAACCUUAACCCUUUUUUAUUAGUGGAUAAAGUGGAAAUAUAACCUAAAACUGUGCGAUAUUAAACCCGGUGGUCAAAAAUAAGCAGAAGUAUGCAAUUUUAAUUCUAAUUUUGUUACUUAAUUUUAUAGUUCGCAUUAAGGAACAAAAUGGCGUCGCACCGUGCUUCAAAUUGAGGAUUUUUUUUUAAACAUUGAAUAUUCAGGAUAUAUUGAGAAUUAACGUAACUAUUUUGAUUUCUCUUUAUUGAGGGAUGUUUUUUCUUCCCUCCUAUUCGGUUUUUACAAAGCUUUACUAGGUGUAAUACUUAAAAAUUAGAAGAAAACUUCCUGGAGAAUGCCUGAGAGCGGAGAAGAAUCUGAGAACUCAGCUUCGGGUUCGGAAAGUGGUAGUUCUUCAGAAAGUCAACAAAAUUCAGGCUCUGAAAGCGGUUCUGGAUCUUCAAGUGGUGAUUCUGGUUCGGAAAGUGGCGAAGAGAACGCAUCCGAUGACGAGCAACCAAAAACCAAUGAAAGCGUUCAAAAUACUUUAUAUCCAAAUAGUCCAAGCACUUCCACGCCAUGGAGUGAACCAAACAAAAGAAAAUCGGAAUCCGGUGAGGAAAGUGAAGAUACUGUUACAAAAUCAGCUAGAUAUAAACGGGAACCGGCCCGAAUACAAGCAGAUACUCGAAAAUCUAGAAAAAGCCAACAAGAAGACUGGAAGUAUAAUGACGCGAGUUCAUCUUCGGAAUCGGAAGAGGAAGAAAGGGAAAAACCGCCACCUAGUAAACGAGUUGGGAUGAGGUCAAAGACAAUAGCGGCACUUAGAAAGAAAGUUUCCAAAAAACGCCACUCCACAUCUGAUGAAUCAAGUGGUGCCGAUUCUGACGCUGAGAAGAGACGUGUUGUUUCCAGGCGAGCCGCUGCCGAUAUUAGUUAUAAGGAAGAUAGUGAAGAAAAAACUGAUUCUGAAGAUUUACUAGAAGUAGAUCAAACUGAAUCAACUGAGCCUGUGAUAGAAGAAAAGUGUGAAACCAUUGAACGAGUUUUAGCCCAAAGACGCGGUAGGAAAGGAGUAACUGGAAAUAUUACUACGCUUUACUAUGUUGAAGAACAUGGCGAUCCCAAUCAAGGUGUCGAUCCUAAUGAUUUAGAUAAUGCAGAAGACCAGUACCUGAUUAAAUGGAAAGACUGGGCUCAUAUUCAUAACACAUGGGAAUCGGAUCAGUCCCUCAGGGAACAGAAAGUUAAAGGACUCAAAAAACUGGAAAAUUACAUCAAGAAAGAAGUGGACAUACAGCAGUGGAUAAAAUAUUCCACGCCAGAAGAUGUAGAGUAUUAUGAGUGCCAACUGGAAUUGGGCCAAGAAUUGUUGAAGAGUUACAAUAGAGUCGAACGUAUAAUAGCCAAAUAUAAUAAACCUGACGAGGGUGUUGACUAUUAUGUCAAAUGGGAAAGUUUACCAUACUCAGAAUCCACUUGGGAAGAUUCCGCCUUAAUUCAACAGAAAUGGCCGGAUAAAAUUGAAGAGUUUCAGGAAAGAGAGCAGUCAUCCAAGACGCCAACAAAACAUUGCAAGGUUUUAAAAUAUAGGCCAAAGUUUCACGAAGUUAAGACGCAACCUGAGUAUAUGACUGGUAAAGAGCAAACUCUCGUUUUACGAGAUUAUCAGAUACAUGGGCUAAAUUGGAUGAUCCAUUCUUGGACGAAGGAGAACUCUGUUAUCCUGGCUGAUGAAAUGGGUCUGGGUAAAACAAUUCAGACAAUAUGCUUUCUCUACUACCUCUUCAAUACCCACCAUUUACAUGGACCUUUCUUAUGUGUGGUGCCACUGUCAACGAUGACAUCUUGGCAGCGAGAAUUCUUCCAAUGGGCCCCAGAUAUGAAUGUUGUUACCUAUCUGGGAGAUGUCCAGUCACGAGAUAUAAUUCGUCAACAUGAAUGGUGCUAUGAGGGUUCAAAAAGAUUGAAGUUUAAUGCUAUACUAACUACUUAUGAAAUUGUGCUUAAGGACAAAACAUUUCUUGGUAGUUUAAGCUGGGCAGUCUUAUUAGUUGACGAAGCUCACAGGCUUAAAAAUGACGAUUCACUGUUGUAUAAAGCAUUGAUGGACUUCGAUACUAACCACAGGUUACUUAUUACAGGGACUCCCUUGCAAAAUAGCUUGAAAGAGUUAUGGGCUCUGUUGCAUUUCAUUAUGCCCAACAAAUUUCAAACUUGGGAAGAAUUUGAAAAGGAUCAUGAGCAUGCCUCUACCAGGGGAUACAGUAAAUUGCACAAACAAUUAGAACCUUUUAUUUUAAGGCGCGUAAAAAAAGAUGUGGAAAAAUCUUUGCCCGCAAAAGUUGAACAGAUAUUAAGGGUUGAGAUGACAUCUAUUCAAAAGCAAUAUUACAAAUGGAUUUUAACAAAAAAUUACAAUGCCUUACGAAAAGGAGUGAAAGGAUCGACCAAUACAUUUCUGAACAUUGUCAUUGAAUUAAAAAAGUGCUGCAACCACGCAUUUCUAACUAAACCUGUGGAACCAGAGACUCAAUAUAGACAACAAGAUCAGCUACAAGCCUUGUUACGAGGAUCAGGCAAAUUAGUUCUACUGGAUAAGCUGCUAAUCAGAUUGAGGGAAACUGGUCACAGAGUCUUAAUAUUUUCUCAAAUGGUGAGAAUGUUAGAUAUAUUAGCAGAAUAUCUUCAGUUGCGGCACUUCCCCUUCCAAAGACUGGAUGGUGGUAUUAAAGGUGAACUUAGGAGACAAGCAUUAGACCAUUUUAACGCAGAAGGUUCUCAGGACUUUUGUUUUUUGCUCUCAACAAGAGCUGGCGGUUUAGGUAUUAAUUUAGCAACUGCAGACACUGUUAUUAUUUUUGAUUCUGAUUGGAAUCCUCAAAAUGAUCUUCAAGCCCAAGCCCGUGCUCAUAGAAUAGGUCAAAAGAAUCAGGUCAACAUCUACCGUCUGGUUACUGCUCGUUCUGUUGAAGAAGAAAUUGUAGAACGUGCCAAACAGAAAAUGGUGUUGGACCAUUUAGUGAUACAGAGAAUGGAUACAACGGGAAGGACUGUUUUAGAUAAAAAGGGUUCCUCCAAUAACAAUCCUUUCAAUAAAGAAGAUCUCACUGCUAUUCUUAAGUUUGGAGCAGAAGAAUUAUUUAAAGAUGAAGAUGUGGAUGAAGAACCCAAUUGUGACAUUGAUGAAAUUCUUCGCCGAGCAGAAACAAGGGACGAAGUGCCAACUAUGGCUGGGGAUGAAUUGUUAUCUGCUUUUAAAGUAGCCAGUUUCGCAGCAUUUGAUGAAGAGACUGACCCAUCUCCAGAGAACACGACAGCGCCAGAAAACGAUGAAGAGAGUAAAGACUGGGACGAAAUCAUACCAGAAAAACUCAGAAAGAAGGUUGAAGAAGAAGAAAAAUCGAAAGAAAUGGAAGAUCUGUAUCUACCCCCGCGAAGUCGAAAGACUUUGCAGCAAAUUAAUCAGUCAGAGAGUGAUGGUGAAGAAGGCAAAGGUAAAAAGAAAAAGAAGAAAGAAGGCGAAGAAUCUGGAGAAUCUAGUAUUGAAGGUGAGGAGUCGGAUGAAGAUCGGCCUAAGCGGCGAGGGCGUCCACCAGCCAGCAAUAGGGAAAAAAUAGGCAACUUUACAGAUGUAGAGAUUCGAAGAUUUGUCAAAAGCUACAAAAAAUUUAGUGCUCCACUUAAACGAUUAGAAGCUGUCGCCUGUGAUGCCGAACUUCAGGAAAAGCCCUUGGUAGACUUAAGAAACCUUGGGGAGUUGCUUCACAAAAGAUGUGUUGAAUAUAUGAAUGAGCAGGCUAAAGAAAACAAUGAAAGCAAUAAUCAAGAGGAAUCAAAAGGUCGUAAGAGAUUAAGGGGACCAUCAUUCAAAUUAGGAGGUGUAUCUGUAAAUGCUAAAACAAUGUUACAGUGUGAAGAAGAGUUAGCUCCGCUAGAUGAAAUUUUACCGUCAAACGAAGAGGAAAGGAGUAAAUGGAUUUUUGAUACCAAAACAAAGCCUGCACAUUUUGAUGUGGAUUGGAGCUCAUUGGAAGAUUCCAAGCUGCUUAGAGGCAUUUAUGUCUAUGGAAUGGGUUCUUGGGAGCAAAUUAAACUGGACCCAAAUUUAGGCAUUGGUGACAAAAUAUUACUUAAUGAAGAUAAGAAACCUCAGGCUAAACACCUACAAUCUCGGGCUGAAUACUUGUUGAAAAUACUGAAGAAACAGCUUGAUCCCAAAAAGGGGCUUCCUAAACCAAAGAAAACACGCAAACCAAAGGAAGUCAAGGAAUCAAAAAUUUUGACUAAAGAAAUCAUAGAAAAUGACAAUUUUAGCUCAAAUGACGAAUCUAAUAUUUCAGCUAGUCAAUCGACCAUAAACAGUAGUGGUAGCAAAAGGUCAAAAAACAUGUUGAAAAGUGACUUCAACAAUGAAGAAAGCGGUAAACCAGAAAAAAAAGAAAAGAAAAAGGAUAAGAAAAAGGACAAAAAAUCUGCUGGUCCCAUGCAUUUUACUGCUAACAAUGAGCCUAGGGCAUUGGGUGUACUGGGCGAUUUGGAACCAGCAAUAUUUGAUGAAUGUAAGGAGAAAAUGAGACCCGUAAAAAAGGCAUUAAAAGCUUUAGAUAAUCCAGAUCAAUCAUUGUCUGAAUUGGAACAAGUUCAACACACUAGAGAUUGCCUUUUACAGAUCGGAGAACAAAUUAACACUUGCUUGAACCAAUAUUCCGAUCCGGAACAAAUAAAAGAAUGGAGAAGCAAUUUGUGGUACUUCGUGUCAAAAUUCACUGAGUAUGACUCCAAGAAAUUAUAUAAACUAUAUAAGAAAGCCUGUAAACAAUCUAAAAGGGGUGAGAAAAGCGAUAAAGCCGAACGGGCUGAAAAAAAAGGGAGAGAAGAUAAUGCGUCAACCAGUAAGGAGCAUUACAAAAUCAGGAAUGAUAAGGAAGAGCAUCUCAAAAGGAAACACGAAGGUGAUGGAGACGACGACAAGGAGUCGAAAAAGCUUCUGAGCUUGGAAAAGAAAGAAAGACGCGAUAAGUACGACAAGGAACGAAAGAGGAUGCGAGAUGAUGUUAGUACCGAAGAAGAAGGGGAAUACCGUUACAGUCGUCAUAGGAAAGCUCCAAAACCUCAAGCCGGUUUUCGUCAUGGACCACAUAUGCACGCUGAACAUGACAGGUGGAUGGCUGGUCCUCCCAGAGAGAGGUUCGCUAGUGAUCACAAAAGGUUAUAUGAUUACCCAAGAGGACCUAGCUAUCAUAGGGAGAGGGACUAUCCCCGACCUGACAAAAGGUCCCCGGAAGGAAAGACUGAAUGGCGCCAAUAUCCUAGGGGGAGGGAAAUGAUGCACCCUCAAAUGGCCCCAAGAGCCCUAUUUUACGGGGGUAAUUAUCCCGGUGGAAUCCCUCCUAUGUAUGCACCUGAUAAUAGUCGAUUUUCACCCGGUGAAUGGCGACCACCUGAUAGGGACUACUAUCGUGGCCGCCAGCAGUAAUUUACAUGUGGAACGUUAUUUUGUAAAGUAAAUAUAUGUAUAAAAUGAGAUAUAUUUUAUGUUCAAGACAAAGAUAUACUGCACAUGGAUCUCAAUAAGGGUAAGAGUUAAGUAAGGAGUGUCUGACCUUAAAAGAGUUAUACUUGAAUCUUUUUAUUAUUAUUAUUAUCACUUCAAUCCAAGUUGACUUCAGAAAGGAAAAGGCGGAAAUCUCAGAUUAUAAUUUCACCGCCUAACUACUUACCCUUAACCAGAUGCUUAUGUUGUGCAUUUUUUUUUCUUGGUCACGCUGUUUGUUGUCUUGGAGGGUUAUGGAGAACAGUUUAACUGAAUCAAUUGUAAAUAGAGGAUUAUAUUCUCGGUAACUUUCCAUAACAUUUUUGCAUUUUGUUUCAAUCAUGUCUUGUUUUUAUUUUUCAAAAACUUCAGUCGGAUGCAGCAAAGGCCUGGACAUAAAUAUUGUAAAAUACCUCUUGAUCUGUAUAUACAGAU